AUGUCAAAACAUACUCCAGGGGCAGGCUCGAUCAGAGACAUUGAGCAAAAGAAACGGGAGGUCCUUAAACCGUUGCUUGAAAACCCGUUCACCCAAGGCACAGAAUGGCCAACGAUAGAUCGGUCGGUGGCUGAGACUAUAAUGGAGUGUUUGAUUCAAGUUCUAUCAGGUUAUGGAAUCUACUUGGAAAUGAGGAGCCUCAAUAAAGAUAAGAAAAUUCCUGUGCCCGAGGUGGCAGGAAAAAUCACCAUUGGCUUCAAUUCAACCGUCAAGAAGUUAGAGAAGCAGGCCGGUCCUAACCGUGCUAAACUACUAGGCAAACCUCCAAAAAGGAGUAAACAAGAACAGCCGAAUACGCCGGGAUAUGUAAAAUACGUAUUUGUGGCAAAAUCUGAUAUCAGUACUUCUCUACUAACAAGCUGCUUCCCCUUGCUCACAUAUUCAGCAUCGCGAUCGGCGCUGGAUCGCGUGAAGCUUGUGGAAUUGCCCCGGGGUGCCAUGCAAAAACUUUCCAAAGUACUAAGAACCGAUAACGUGAGUAUCAUCUCGCUCGAGGAAAAGUGGGCGGACGGAAAAUUGCUUUUUGAUGUGGUGGACAGCAAUAUUCGGGACGUGGAGGUGCCAUGGCUUGCGGCGCUUUUCGAUGAAAACUCAGCACCGGUAUACGAGAAGCCCAACAUCAAGUUUGUCAAGACGAGCGUGCCAGUGGGCCGUGCAAACAAGAAGAAGAAUGGUGUGUUGAAAAAGAAGAAGAACAGAAAGAACGAGGGAAGAGUACUGAAGCCGUAG